GUGCGCGUGUGUGGUUUAAAGCUUAGCCAGUAGGGGUAGUCUUAAAAGGUCAACGGCGGUAGUUACAGUUCUCUCUUUUCUACGUCAGUUAGACAUUAUGGCUACUACUAUCGAGUCUGUCCAGUGCUUUGGACGCAAGAAGACUGCCACCGCUGUGGCUUUCUGCAAGCGUGGUUCCGGUCUAAUCCGUGUCAAUGGUGCCCCUAUUGACCUGGUUACCCCUCAGAUCCUUAAGCUUAAGGUUAUGGAGCCUCUUCUAAUCCUUGGCAAGGACAAGUUCGCUGAUGUAGACAUCCGCGUGCGCGUCAAGGGUGGAGGUCACACUUCACAGAUAUACGCCAUCCGUCAGGCUAUCGCCAAGAGCAUCGUCGCUUUCUACCAGAAGUACGUUGACGAGGCCUCCAAGAAGGAGAUUAAGGAUCUAUUGUUACGUUACGAUCGAUCGCUCCUAGUUGCCGACCCCCGUCGUUGCGAGCCCAAGAAGUUCGGUGGACCAGGUGCCCGUGCGCGUUUCCAGAAGUCAUACCGUUAAAUGGGUUGUGGGCGUAUGGUUAGAUUAUCAGUAAAGUAUAAUUGACUGUAGAGCA